AUGACUGGCGCACUGCACACUCUCAGUCGAUCUCAUCUCUUGUCGGGCACUGCUGCUGAUGGCCAGGCGUGCAUGCAGGGCACGUGGCCAGCAUCGCCUCCAGCAUGCACACCAAUCAUCGUUGCUCUUCCCCAGGCACAACCCUUAACCCGUAUUAGCUUGUCGGCCAACUACACUAUCGGGGCCUUCCAUCGCCCGUCAACAACUUGCCCCACCCCAUCUCACCCCAGCCCUCUCCCGAAGCCCAACCCCUCUCCCACUUUAACCCUUACCCCUUCACGAACUACCAUCCGCUCCGAUCCACCCGCUAUGAGCCCCACCGCCGACCAAGCAGGAGUCGCCCGCGCCACGUCCCUCUUUCAAAAUGCCUUCUCGUGCCCCCCCACGGUCGCCGUGGCGGCCCCUGGCCGCGUCAACCUCAUCGGCGAGCACGUGGACUACAGCGAGGGCUUUGUCUUUCCCCUUGCCUUAGAAAAGAACACAUACAUUGUCGCUUGCCCGCUCCCCGACGACACGCAAUGCCAUGUCGUCGCGGGCGCCUUUUCGGACGAGCCCUUUUCCUUUACCCCGGGCGACACUCCCUUCUCUCCGGACACCCCGGGCUGGGUCAAGUACGUCAAGGGGAUGACUGCGAUAUAUGCGCGCAAUGGGCAUAACAUCGUUCCGUUCCGCGCCGUCAUCGUUAGCGACGUCCCCAUGGGGGGCGGGCUCAGCUCGUCCGCAUCCCUGGAGAUGGCGACGGGCGUGCUCAUCGAGCAGCUCGCGGGGUUGCAAGUCGACCCGGCCGAUCGCGCCAAGAUGGGGCAGAAGUGCGAGCAUGAGUUUGCCGGCGUGCCAUGCGGCAUCAUGGACCAGCUGAUAUCGAGCAAGGGGCAAACCGGGUACGCCUUGCUUAUUGACUGCCGCUCGCUGGACGUGAAGGCCGUGCCGCUCAAUGACCCCAACGCCGUGAUCGUCGUCGCGGACUCGAACAAUAAGCACGAGCUGUCGGGGUCGGAGUAUCCGAGCAGACGGGCGCAGUGCGAGGUCGCGGCGGCAAAGAUGGCGGCUAAGUUUCCGGACAAGAACGUGACACAUUUGAGGGAUUGUGAUAUGGAGAUGUUGCAGGCCGUCAAGGAAGAGCUGGAUGUUGAAACGGAGAAGCGGGCGCGGCAUGCGAUCCAGGAGGAUAUCCGCACGCUGGAGGCGAAGACUUGUCUCGAGAAUGGCGAUUUGGUGCGGACUGGGAAGCUUAUGCAUGAGAGUCACGUGUCGCUGAGAGAUCUGUUCGAGGUGAGCACGCCAGAGAUUGACGCGCUUGUGGACAUUGCGAUGGGCGUGGAUGGGGUGUAUGGGAGCAGGAUUACGGGGGGUGGGUUUGGAGGGUGUACGGUCACGCUAGUGGCGAAGAAAAGUGUGGAAGCGCUGAUGCAGGCGUUUAAGGAGCAGUAUCCGGAACACAACAAUAACAAAGAGGCCACCGUGUUUGCAACACUCGCAGGGGAUGGGGCUAGGGCAGUCACUGAACUGAUUCCGUCGGCGUGAGAAGGUAUGCACGUACUCGUACUUGUUGGGCGAGGGAGGGAGUUGCUUGCCAAGACAGCAGAGUAGUUGAUAAAUGUGUCCUCUUCUUCUCUAA